AUGGACAUUGAUAGCGAUCACUUUGAGCCUCCAUUGUUGUCUGAUCUGUACUCCGAGGUACAGAGUCCUAGUGGUGACAUGGUUGGCGACUUCAGUGUCCACGACUCAGAAAGUGAGGUUCAAGCAGACACCCACCAGACCCCACUGUCCACCUCCCCAGCUUCUCAUGCUCUACCGCUCAUUGAGGAGAAGGCUGAGCUUGAUGACAACGUUCAGAAUGCUCAAACGUUGCAUCAAUCCCAGUCAGCAGAAGACUCUGCUCUUGCCGAGUCUUCUGUUCCAGCCACACAGACUGUUGCAACCACAGACCUCACUGCCUGGCAUGCAUUCAACAAUGCCAUAGCUCAACCAUUUCUUGACGUUGAUUUGUACAACCCGCCAAACAGCGUUGAAACCUACAUUCCUCACUACACCAAUUCCUUCAACUUUGAUUACCCCUCAUUCAACUUUGGCCCUGUCGACUGGUCUUCUGACGAACGAGUAUCAGAUUUACCGAGAUUGAGUCCCCCGCAUGGCCAGUUCCUGCCCCUUCCGCCAUCUUCACCCUCCUUACCAACAACAGUGCCAUCUGAUAAUCCUGUGGCAGCCACUGAAUAUCAGUACCAACCAAAACGAAACGAGAGAGAUGUACCCGAUACUUCAAAAAUGAUCGAUGGUAGCAUGAAGCACAGUCGCAAACCGACUUCAAAGGUUGUUGAGGCGGAGUUGACUGUUUCGUCCACGAGGAAGCCACUGUCAAUUAGAAGAAAACCGUCUUCAAAACAGGUUUAG